UUGUUUUGUUAAAAUGCGAUAGUAAACAGUUGAUUUUUAUACAUUAAAUGCGUAUUUUUGUACAGCGAUUGAUAGAUUUUUAGUUCUAGUGGAUUUCUUUGGAAGUUAAUAUUCGAGGAAUAUUAGCAUCUUGCAGUGAGCAAUUAUCUAAGCUCUAUAUUCUGUGCAUUCCAUUAACAAAUUCUCACAAGAAUGUCUCUCUACAAACUAAGAGUUAGUGGCCUAGAAGACAUUUUACAACAGGAUGUGAUUGAUUUAAAAUCGUUGAGGAAUUAUUGCUUCUAUGGCAUUCCAGAUUGUAGUGGGCUACGAUCCCUCUGUUGGAAACUGAUACUGGGUUAUUUGGGACCUAAACGAGACUCGUGGUCUGCUACUCUAGCUAAAAAAAGAGAGCUGUACAGGCAAUUUAUUGAGGAAAUGGUAAUUCCACCUGGAGAUCAAAAUGAAUCAGAAUGCAUUGAUCAUCCCUUGAGCGAUGGACCAGAGAGUAGCUGGAACACUUUCUUCAGAGACAACGAAGUAUUACUGCAGAUAGAUAAAGAUGUUCGACGAUUGUGUCCGGAUAUUUCUUUCUUUCAACAGGCUACCGAAUUUCCCUGUGAAUCUGUUGUUAAUUAUAGUCGUGAGCGAAAACUACACGUCAGAGUUGCCCCAAGCACGCUUAGUUCGGCAAACGUGGAACGAAAAGGAUUAGGUGUUACGAAGAUCAAUUUAAUCACGAAACGCGCUGUUCAAAGUUAUGAAGCGAUGGACGAGGGUCAUGAGGCUCACUGGGAGGUAGUUGAGCGAAUAUUGUUCCUGUACGCAAAGUUGAACCCUGGACAGGGAUAUGUGCAAGGUAUGAACGAAAUAAUUGGUCCUAUCUAUUACGUCCUAGCAUCGGAUCCGAACAUCGAGUAUCGCCAGUAUGCUGAAGCAGACUGUUUCUAUUGUUUCACGGCACUGAUGGGAGAGAUAAGAGACUUUUUCAUUAAAACUCUUGAUGAAUCGGAGGGUGGAAUUAAAGGAAUGAUGGCCAAGCUGUCGAAUAUGCUGAAGGAGAAAGACAUUGAAGUUUGGACUAAGCUGAGAGACCAAGAACUGUAUCCGCAAUAUUAUAGCUUCCGAUGGCUUACGCUUCUGCUAUCACAAGAAUUCCCACUGCCCGAUGUUUUGAGAAUUUGGGACUCGGUGUUUUCUGACGAAAAGCGCUACGAAUUCCUAGUGAAAGUUUGCUGCGCUAUGAUUGUUUUACUUCGAGAUCAAAUUCUAGAGAACGACUUUGCGAACAACGUGAAACUGUUGCAGAAUUUUCCCCCAAUGGACAUUAAAGUUGUACUGAAAAAAGCGAGCAGUCUCGAGUAGCUUUUAUUGUUAUUGGACACACAUACACUACCGAACAAUCACUCUCAUAUAGCAGAAUAUGAGAUUCGGAGACUCUCCUUCUGGACAAUUUUGAUAAAACCAUUUCUGUGUAACUAUUCAAUAUAAUUGCGAUCUUUUAUUUGCUUAA